AUGGACUUCUCCUACCUCUUCUCGUCUUCGUCCUCGGAGAAGUCCUCGAAGCGCCGGCAGCAGCAGCGGCAGCAACAGGACAGCAAUGGCAACGAGACAAGGUACCUCGGGGUGAGGCGGCGGCCAUGGGGCCGGUACGCAGCAGAGAUCCGGGACACGGCCACCAAGGAGCGGCACUGGCUCGGCACGUUCGACACCGCGGAGGAGGCCGCCAUCGCCUACGACCGCGCCGCCCGCAACAUCCGUGGCGCAAACGCCCGCACCAACUUCGCCUACCCCGACCUGCCGCCGGGCUCCUCCGUCACCCCAUACCUCUCCCCGGACCUCUCCGCCGACCAGCUCCAGCACUACUAUUACGCCGACCCCGUAGCCGCACCCGCGGCUCAGCCAACGCCGCUCUGCGAUCAGUCGGCACAUGGCGGCGCCGCCGGCAACGAGGCCUCCUAUCACCAGUACCACCACGUGCCGGUGGAGAUGCCGUCCUACGGCGCUGCCGACGCGUCGUUAAUGGCCUACGGCGGGAACGCUGAUAUGGGCAUGUACUUCGAAGGCGGCAACGACGCCGGUGGUGACGACAACAGAGCGUGGUGCGACGCGUCUGAGCUAGAGUUCGGUGGUUACAACGACGACACGACGGCGGCCAACGCGUCGCACGGGAUGUACUUCGAGGAAGGGUACGUGCACAGCCCAAUGUUUUCACCGAUGCCGGCCGCCGACGAGGUCGAUGGGUUCCAGCUCGGCGGGUCAUCGUCGUCUUCGUAUUACUACUGA